GUGGUUAUAUAGAGAAAGAAAAUCAAUAAUGGAGCAUACCAUGAUAAUGUAAGCAUGCUUCCUACUAGAUAAGUCAGAAUAGCUUGCAAAUACUUAAUAAAUUAUUAUUUUUUAAGUACUUGUUCAAAGUACUUGUAUAUAAAAGAUGACAGUAUGUAAAUUAAAGGUGGAAUGUGUGCAUUGUUAUUGAAUAUUUAAGUGAUAAGAGAUGAAUUGAGAGAUUUAAUCUUUAGUUUACAAUACAUUUUUAUUUUGUGAUGGAAGAUAGUGGAAUUGACAGUGAUCCAAAAACCACUAGUCAUACAGAAGAUGAAAGACUUUUCUUGGGAAGUGAUAGCAGUUGUAGCAGCAAUCAGACACAGACAUCACAGCAUAAUUCUACUACUAAACAAUUGCAAAGAAAGCUUGAAGCACGAAUUGAACAAGCUAAACGUAUUCAGCGUAAUUCAGAUUAUGUGAAGUUGCCAAAAUAUGAUAAGGGAUGCGGAAGUGGUAGUAGUGCUGCUGGUCUGAUUUCUAUUCAAAGACUUCCUGUACCAAAUAAGAAUAAAGAACAUCUUCCUCUUGUUGAAUAUUGGCAUAGUGAUAGUGAAAGUGAAGGAGAAAUGACUCUUUUUCCAACAACUAAAUCGAAAGAUUCCUCCAAGCAUAAGCAAGAUCUAACUGAUACAUUUAGCAUUGAAGAAAUGAGUGAAGAAAGUGAAGAUUCUUUAAAUUUAGGACCUGCACAACCAUCUCCGGAGCUCAAAUUUAUGAAAUCUUAUAGAUGUACUGGUGAUUGCUUUCAUUGUCAGUGCCACAUAUUAUAAUUCAUUGCUAUGUAUAUAUAUCUUGAAUAUGUUACAGAUUAAUUAUUUUUUAUGCAUUAUUAAAUAUUAAUUUAAUCUCUCAGUUUUAUGUAAUUAUGUAAUAUGAAAGAUUUUAU